CACAAGAGGAGAGAUGAUCAAUAUGGAUACGGUUAAAUCAUUCGUUAACAUAACAAAGUUAGAUUGAUUUGAGUGAUCAAUGAAUGAAAAUCAAAGUGAAAUACUUAAUUCAAACAAAAAACCAUAUGAAAAAUUUUUUAAAUCAUUAGUUCUUACACAUAAAAUACAAGAAAAUUUGAAGAAACUUAAUUAUCAAAUCAAUUUAAAACUUGAUUCUAUCAACUCUAAUGUUUAUACUGAUCAAGUUGAAGAAUCUAAUGUAUAUGAACAAAAACCAUUUAUCUUACAAUAUAUUGAACAUCAAAAUACAUUGAAUAAAAAUCAGCAAAACCAAAGAAAUACUAGCAAGAAUAAUAGGAUUAAACAAUAUUCAACACGAAAGCGUAAAAAACUAUCGCUAGAAGUAAAAUCCACCGAAUAUCCACUAGCGAUAGUCCCUAAAACUGGAGCAGUGAACCGAAUCAUUCCAAAAGAUGAUAAUCGGGAGAAUAAUCAGAUUAAAGUGAAUGUUGAGUCUUUAGACAAUGAGAAAACGAAUAUUCUAGAAGAACAUACACAGAACACUCGAAUUCAAUUCAGUGAUAUUCAUAUCCAAGAUCAUUUGAAAAUUGUCGGCUGUCGACAAAACAAACAAUCAGAACAUCAAAGAAACUCUCUGGGUGUUGACCAAAGUCAGUUACCUACUAAAACAUCAAGACAAGUAUCACAAAAGAAGAAAUUACAUUCAAUUGACGAAAAUAUUGUCAAUGAGUAUCAAGAUGGUGAUUUCAUCACUUCUGGAAUUGAAGGAAAGAAAAAAUUUGAUUAUGAUUUAUUAAAAUGUAACAGAGAGGAAGAGAAAACGUUGAAAAAACGAUGCCCAGUUCCAGUGUCAGAAAAGUCUCCAUUUUGUCUGAAUACAACAAAUAAGUGUUGUCUAUUUGGAACACGUAAUCCAUUUAUACCUUGGUUUUCGUUAGAUACUCUAGUGAUGGAAUAUGGUAGAAGAAGCCAGAAUGGACCCUUACUGUUGAAGAGAAAAAGAUGUAGAAGUGUGGACAUGGACCGUAGACACAUAUAUCAAUAUCCAUUGAAGUAUGAAAAAAAUCUUCACAGUAGCUUACUGAAUUUAAAAUAUCAAAUGAAUGAUGAACUGAUUUUAAUUCAAAACUAUACAAGUUUAUUUGAUGAGGUAUGUAGUCAAAGAAAGCAAGUAUUAGUAAUAGAAGAUAAGAAUACUAUCAUGUAUGAAGAGAAAAACUGUGGAAAAUAUUAUCCAAAGGAUGAUUGUUUCCUGAAUCGAUUUCAGCAAGAGAUUGAUCUGGAAAACAAUUUUCAACAGAAAUCAAUAGAAAAUGUAUUAUCAUCUUAUAAGAGAAUCAAUCAAUUACAUUUCAAUCCUGAAAUAUUCUACCUUCAAUUAAGCCUAUUACCUGAUCAAUCUAUUCAAUUAAAUUCAUAUGAUAUAAGCUUGCUUGUUGAACAAUCUAAAUUACAAUGGAUUAAAACAACUACUGAUGAGAAUAAUAGUAGUAUUAAUUGGACAAAACUUAUUCACAAACUACCUUCAAAUAUUGAAGUGGAUUUUAUGUAUAUUGGAGGAAAUCAAAAACACCGAAAACAGCCUUCCAAUUUUAAGCUUAUUAUGAAUGAAAUCGAUAGACUUACUCAAGACAUUGAAACUAAUCAAUUCAAGACAUUAGCAUUCAAUUUAUGUCGACGUGGUGCAUUAUACAGAAAGAUUGGUAGAUUACAAGAAGCUAAAAUUGACCUUACAAAGGCAAUUGAAAUUGAGCCCAACUUAUCAUCUGCACAUUGGAAUAUUCACUUUCUACACCUAAUAGAAGGUAGAAUAGAAGACGCAUUAUACGAUUUAAAUCAGUGUGAAAAAUGCUCAAGUAUCAUAAACUCAGUUCAUAAACUUUUCACGGAUUAUAAUUUAACUACUGACAAUCACAACAGUAGUGUAAAAAUAUGUCAGAAAAAAGUUGAACAGUUUUAUCAAAAUAUUCUCUAUUCAAAAGCCUUUAUUUACUCAAUAUUGAAUGAUUCCAAGCGUGAAAUAGAAAUAUGGACAGAUUUAAUCAAUUGCAAUCCAACAAAUGAAAAAGCAUAUCUACAAAGAGCUAUUGUAUAUCAAAAGUUAAAAAUGUUCCAUCAGGCAAAUAUUGAUUUUACGAAAAUUCUUUGUUUAAAUCCAAAAUCUCAGGAAGCUCUAUUUCAGUGUGGUUUACAUCAAUUUUACAACAAUAACUGGAGACAAGCAAUCGAUUAUUUUCAAGAGGUGAUAAUCAACAAACCAACUCAUUUUGAAGCACAUUAUUUUAUGGCUAUCAGUUUAAUUAAACUGUAUCAGUAUGACAGAUGUUUAGCAGAACUGACAGCUUGCCUUUACUACCAACCUCUGCACUAUAAGGCGUUAUUUACCCGUGGAUGUUUAUUGGCAAAAGUUUGUCCACUGCAAUCAUUACGUGAUUUAACGAUGUGUAUAUGUAUUGGUAAUCGAAAGUAUCGAACUUUAGCUAUUAUUUAUCGUGGAUUAAAAUUUUAUGAAAUGAAACAAUACACACUGGCAAUACACGAUUUUCAAACAGCUAUUCAUGAUGGUUGUCCACAAGUUCUUGAUGUCUACCGUCUACUUGGACUGACCUAUGCACAAUUGAAACUUUGGUCAAGAGCUAUCCAAACGUUUACAGAGGGGAUAAAAAACCAAACGAUGCCAGAGGAUACACAUCUUCUGCUGUGUAGAGCAGAAGCCUAUCACAGCUGUGGUCAAUAUGAAAAAGCAAUUAUGGAUAUACAACGUGUGAUACACUUGAAGCCAAAUGUAGCGCAGUACUAUUUACUACUUGGUCAUAAUUUAUCACAACUCUCACAUAUUCAAUUGGUUCAACGUUUUGUUCAACACUAUUUGAAUUUAUCACAAAUUCAAAACAAAAAUAAUAAUCAUGAACAUGUAAAACAAAUAGCAUUAUCAUAUUACUAUUUGGGCAAAUACAAUGAUGCAGAUUCAGUUUUAUCCAAAAGUCAAACAAAACACAAAUCUGUUCAACUAGAUUAUGUUCUGUUGCAUGCUUUAGUUUUGGAUAAACUCCAAAGAACAAAUGAAUCAGUGAAUCUAUUGGAAAAUACGCUGAAAAAAUCACAUCCCAAAAAAGGAACUGAAACAGUACAACUCUAUGAUCACCUUGGUCAGUAUUAUUUGAAAAUGAAAAAGUUUUCCGCAGCUAUUGAUGCCUUCACAAAUGUUAUUCACCUCAACUCCCAACAACCACACGCAUAUUUAUAUCGUGCUCAAUCUAAAUUGCGAUGGAUAAUAUCACAAGUGGAAGAAGCAUCAAAUUUAUCAAUGAAUCAGUCAGCUUGUUACCAUGAUGAGGAAGUUUUGAAUGAUAUAAGUCAAGCACUUGUAUUGAUCACUACAAAAACCUCGCCGUUCUAUGAAACCAACUUUUAUGGACCUCUAAAAUUUAUCAAUUUACUUGAUCAGUGUUUACUUACCCGGAUUGUUUAUUUUGCCUUACAUAAAAGAUACACAAAAGCUAUACUAAACUGUAAUGAAGCUAUUCAGCAAAGUCCAAAAUGGACAAGAAUAUGGAUUUACCGUGGAGUAUUCAAAUAUAUUUUAAGAACAUAUAAUUUCUGUGAAGCUGAUUUAAAUUAUGCAAUAGAGAAAAAUGAAACUUGUUCUCUAGCUUAUUACAAUCGUGGAUUAUGUCAUCAAACUCAAGCUAAUUGGAUUAAAGCAAUACAAGAUUAUGGAUCAGCUAUUGAAUACGCUUCACUGCAUGGAUUAGUUCGAUUCCUUAGUUUAAUCAACCGAUCAAUUUUGUACAUUGAGAAAUACCGGAAUUAUGAGGCGGCAUUAAAUGAUCUAUACCAAGCGGAAAUUAUAUUGAACAACACUACAUAUAUUCAUUAUAAUCAUGAGAUGAAUGAAGUUCUACCGGUAGACAGGAAUCUUAACAAAAACAAAAUAAAUCUACAUAUUAAACUCAUGCAUACAAUUGGUAUUUGUCACCAAAGACUUGAACAAUAUGCCAAAGCAGAACAAAUAUUCCAUAAAUUAACUCUAAAAGAACCUGGAUUUCUUCAAGGACAUAUUGGACAUGCUAACUGUUUAAUGGAAUAUGGAGGUUAUAUGAUAAAAAUGAAAUUAAGUGGUUCGAAAAAAUUAUGGGAACAAGCUCUUACAGAGUAUGAAUAUGCUAGUAAAUUAGACGAAUUCAAUCUUGAAGCCAGUAUUGGUCUAUCAAUGUGUUUACAGGUUCUAGGAUGUUUAAAUGAUGCAUUAAAACACAUUACAAACAGUUUAAAUAAUCAUUAUGAUCAAAUUGAAUUGAAUUGUAGUGAAACAAUAAUAAUUGAUAGUAAAUAUUUUUCAUCAAAUCAUAUCACUACACUACUUGCUGAUGCUUAUGAUUGUCGAGCAAUUAUUUACCUACAAUUAGGUCAAUUUCAAUAUGCAAUUGAUGAUUUAACUAUUGCAAUUCGAUUAAAUCGAUAUUCUACAAAAUAUUUAAUUAAUCGAGGAGUUGCACAUCUUCGAAAUCAUGAUAUAAUGUCAGCUAUGAUCGAUUUCAAGAAUGCUAUUCAAAAUGAUCCUGAAAAUAGUUUAGCGAAUUAUCAUCUUGCACUUAUCUACUUACAUCAUGGACAAUUUGAACAAGCUGAAAAUGCAGUGAAUAUAACUCUGAGUGGAAAAUGUUGUCUACCGCUCAAAUAUUACCAAUUAGAAUCAGUAAGAUUAGAUCCAAGUGUAUGGUUAUUACGUGGAAUUAUUCGUUUAUUGAAAUAUGAACCAAAUAAUAAUAGACGACAAAGUAUAUUAUAUGAAGCAUUAAAUGAUGUCUAUCAAGCUGAACAACUUAUUCGACUAGAAUAUAUUCUAAUUUAACAAAUUGGCCUCAUUUACAUUAUACUAAAGGUGAAAUUCUGUAUGAAUUAAAGUAUUUUAAGAAUGCUGAAGAAGAGUAUACAAAAGCGAUUAGCCUGUUACCAUCCAAUUCAUUUAUCUAUGAAGCACGUAGUAAAUGUCGUGAACAAAUGUUUUCUACUGGUUUAAUCAAUUCAUAUCAAUCUGCACUAAUCGAUUAUAGAUUAUCACUUUUAGCAAACAAUGAAAUAAUUCGAUGAUUCAGUAUUGAACAUUUAUUGAAACAGUCAUCUUCAAGGUCAUUUCACUGGGAAGUUAGUUACAUUUACCGCCACAUUUUUGCUCAACUGCGUUCAAUGUUUCAAUAGAUGGAAAAUUAUCAAUUUGUGUAACUGAAGUUGCGUAUUUUUCGUUUAUAUUGAUGUAUUUUAUGGUUCGUGAACUAGUUAUUCCCUCAAGUUUCAGUAAUUUUUGAUACUUUGUCAAGUUUUUUAAUAAACAUUCACACCCGCUUCCUUUAAAGAAGGAUAAUUUUUAUAAGAAAAUGUGAUGGUUAGUUUAAUUUUGAGAAGAUAAACAUUCUUUCAGUUGUUUAAUGAAUCAUAU